AUGGCUGAGAUGCAUUUCUCGGGCGACGACCAGUCUCCACUUGUUCCAAUUCCAGUUGCAAAUGAAGUCGGAUUGGUCUGGCGCGCAACCUUGAUAUCGUGUUACGCCGCGUAUUCCCAGCUAGCGGGGGUGGAUGGGCUUUGCCCCACCAUAGCGUCAUGGUACUGGGCCCCGCACACUCUGACUGGCUCAGCACCGGUUCGAGUCGCUCAACGCCGGAACCAGCUUAAUGAGGUCCAUACGGUUUCAUACACAGAGAUUACGUCGUAUUACAUGUUAGUUCCAGAGCGAAGUAUACCAAGCCCCCAGGUGCCCCGUUGGCGCAUCUAG